AUGAAUUCGUGCGCGCUCUACUUCGCCCAACUGCGGGCGAUGCUCGUGAGGAAUCUCCUGCUGAAGAAACGCGAUACGCGGAAGACGUUUAUGGAGGUCGUUCUACCCCUCUAUAUCCUUGGAGCCUUGAUCGUGGUGAAGGCUAUGAUACCCAACCCAAACUUCCCCGCGAUGACGACGCAAAGGCACGAAGGAGAUAUAUUCAAAUUAUUCAAAGGCUACAAAAACAAUACGAUCGCCGUGGUGCCCAAUUCUACGGAAACCCUCAGCUUCUUAAACUCCAUGAAUAGCCUCUGGCGUUCUAUGUUGGAUUAUCCCGAUAAGCUUCCCUUAAACUUCAUGGUGUUCGACACGAAGGAUGAUCUUCAAGCAGCGUACUGGAGAGAUCCUUACAGCGUACCCCUAGCAGUUAUCUUCGAGGACCCCCUGCCAAUAUCACAGCGUCUUAUAUAUGAAAUUAGGACGAAUCCUUCGUAUACCUUGCCCGUAUCGCCAACCGAAUUGUAUUCUGCUCCGAUCAGUUGUCGAAAGAAUAAGACCGGGCACUGGAUGGGCGACAUUUUAUCAAUAAAAACCGGGGAAUCCUGUCCCGUCAACAAUUACUUGCAUUCCGGCUUCUUGGCCUUGCAGAUGAUAAUGGAUAUCACAAAGAUAAGAUUAGAUAUGGGAAAUUCCGACGUGACAAUACCGGAUAUUAAACUCAUAAUGUUUCCCAAGGAAGCGUAUACCGCUGACUGGAUGUUGGCCUUCAGAGUUGUUAUUCCGCUUUACAUGGUCUUAGCGCUCUCGCAGUUUGUCACUUAUCUUCUGAUCUUAAUAGUCGGCGAGAAGGAAAAUAAGAUUAAAGAGGGAAUGAAGAUGAUGGGCUUAAACGAUUCCGUGUUUUGGUUGUCUUGGUUCAUCAUCUACAGCAUUUUCGUAUUUUUGCUCUCUGCCGUCGGAGUGGUGUUACUCUUCACACUCCAAAUGUUUCAACACACGCACUUCCUACCGAUAUUCCUUUUGGUUGUUCUAUACAGUUUCUCCGUGAUUAUGUUUGCCUUUAUGAUCACGCCAUUCUUCGACAAGUCGCGCACGGCUGGUGUCUUGGGAAAUUUUGCUGUCACGAUACUGAGCUUGAUGUAUUUCAUCCAAGUAUUCGUGCGUGAUUCCAGCUCAGUCACAUACUGGUUCGUUUCUUUGAUCAGUCCAGCCGCCGUCGCCUUGGCAAUGGAUAAGGCUCUAGUGCUGGAUCUGCAAGGUGAGGGAGUCAAUUUCGACAAUCUCUGGUCCGGCCCAGGGAUACCUUUCGGUGGUAGCCUCAUCAUGAUGACUCUGGAUAUCUUUCUGUAUGGCUAUCUGGCCUAUUAUCUCGAUUCCGUGAUACCAAGUGAACAUGGAACCAAGAGGCCACCUUGGUUUUGUUUUUUACGUGGAUAUUGGUGUUCAAAGAAGGUUCAAAGGGUACCGUCAUCGAACGGCGAGUCGAACUCGUUCAUUCCGAGCGAGGAGGCAAAUCGCGACGUGGAGCCGGUGGUGCGCGAGAUGAAGGGCCGCGAAGCGAUCAGGAUAGCCGACCUCUACAAAUCGUUCCACAAGUGCAGGCGUCCGGAGAUCAAGGCGGUAAACGGCAUCAAUCUAACUAUCUACGAGGGACAGAUCACCGCCAUCCUCGGCCACAACGGCGCAGGCAAGACCACCCUCUUCAACAUUCUCACGGGCUUGACCACACCUACAUCCGGCACCGCCCUUAUAUUCGGCUACGAUGUGCGCGAUUCCAAUGACAUGCGGGCGAUACGCAGCAUGACCGGGGUUUGUCCGCAACACGACAUCCUCUUCGAUUUGCUGACGCCGCGCGAACACCUCGAGUUCUUUGCCGCAGUGCGUGGCAUUUCACGCUCGAUGAUACGGCAUGAGGUGAAGAAAACCCUGAAAGACAUCGAUCUGGUUGAGAAAGCGGACACCUUCGCGCGAUACCUAAGCGGUGGACAGAAGAGAAAGCUAUCUGUGGGAAUCGCUAUCAUCGGCGAUCCCAAAAUUAUUAUCCUCGACGAGCCUACCGCUGGGGUGGACCCUUACUCGAGGAGACAGUUGUGGUCCCUUCUGCAGUCGAGGCGGCACGGAAAAGUGAUUUUGUUGACAACUCACUUCAUGGACGAGGCGGAUAUACUCGCCGACAGGAAAGCAGUAAUCAGCAAGGGAAAGCUCAGGUGUUGCGGCAGCUCCCUAUUUUUAAAGAACAAAUUCGGCAUUGGAUACCAUUUAACAUUAGUCCUAGAGGGUAAUGCCAGGGAACAUGCUAUCAACCGAUUAGUAAUGACACACGUGGGCAAAGCGGAGAAGGCGAGACGUCACGGUCGGGAAUUGAGCUUCAUUCUACCUCAUAACUCCGUAGAAAACUUCGCACCCCUUUUCUCCGCUAUCGAGAACGAGAUCAAGACUCGUUCUGCCAGGCUCGGCAUUAGCAGCUAUGGCGUGUCGAUGACCACCCUGGAAGAGGUAUUCUUGCAUCUGGAAAAAGACGAGGAGACCGAGUGCACAAUGGACAACCUGUCGAAGAAAAUGGUGCGCAAUCGCGCGCUUAGCCGAUCGCUUUCGUUACAGUCCAAGAGCACAUCGUAUCAGAGCUUACAGAACGAGGGGGUAACUGUACAGGCCGACAGCCAAGGAAAAGCGAACGAUUUGCCGGACGGUGUCCAUAAUGAUCGAAAUCCACCUGUGCUCGGUCUCGGCCUAGAUCCCAUCAAGAUUCGGCCUAACUUCUUUCAAAUUCUCUACGCCAUGCUACGUAUAAGAGUGCUCAGACUUUUUAGAAACCUCCAACUGCUGUAUUUUACGAUCAUCAUGCCGCUGGCUCUGAUAGCGCUCGGUCUCUACCUGAACAGCAUCCGGACGGUCGAUUUCAGGAUGGAAUCGCUAAAACUUGAUAGCCGUACAUACAACGAAACCGAGAUCGUCUAUCUAAAUAAUACCGAUCACGACAUUACCAAGUUGAUAGACAGCAUAGCUCAAGACGCCAAGCACAUCGAGGAAUACGAUGGCAAUUUCGCGAAUUUAAUGAAUAUCGCACCGCAUAUAGCCGCCUUCAAUAUUAACGAUUAUAAUUUGCCGCGACUCAAUCUGACUGUCACAUACAACGAUACGAUGCAACAUUCUCUUCCAAUAUUGAUAAACAUUCUUUCGAACGCUUAUUAUAGAUUGAUUUCGGGAAAGAACGAAGCUACGCCAAUCGAAGUCAAAACACACCCCUUCCAACAAACGUCGCAACCCCAACAGUUUAAUGUCGGCGCGGCCAGCUGUGCCAUACUUCUCGGCAUGGUUUUCAUAUUAUUGCCGAUUACUUUAGCGGUGGACAUGGUUUAUGAUCGCGAGAUCAAAGCGAAGAAUCAACUUCGCGUGAAUGGCCUGUCGUUCUCCAUGUACUUUCUUAGCUACUUCAUUGUACUAGCCGGCCUGAUGAUUUUCAUCUGCCUGUGCAUCCUCGGCAUCAUAUUCCUUUUCGACGUGCCUUCGCUACGGGAAAUACCGGCCGUCAUCACCCUCGGCAUUCUCAUCAUGCUCUACUGCCCAUCGUCCAUCGUCUUCUGUACAUGUCUCAGUUACAUCUUCGACAAGUUGGACUCCGCGCAAAGCAUGUUGCCGAACAUCGCGACCUUCUUCGGGAUGCUACCGUUCAUACUCGUUAUGAUCCUCGAUAUGCAAGGACUCGGUGGGACAGCUUCGUUCGCGUUGCACGUGGCCUUUUCCCUAUUGAACAGCAUGUACGUGCCAUAUGCGGCGGUGUACUACGUGGAUCGCGUUCAUUUGAUGUGCUCCAUCAACGCCGCCUGCCACUAUCUCGUUAUGUCUGAUUACCUCACCAUGGAAAUCAUAUUGUUGGCUUUUGGUGCGCUGGUGCAAUGCCCGGUUUGGUUCUUCGUGCUAGUCUUGCUGGACAUCAACAAGAGCGGCGGCAAUGUCAGCGAUAUGUUUAAACGUUUCCUGCGUGAUGGCGAUACUGUUCGUGAGGAAAUUAUGGAAAAUUCAGAUAUUGGCGAACACGAGGACACGGAUGUGAAAAAUGAGCGGCAAAAGGUUUUCAAUUUUGUCGUUUCGCCAGCCCUCGCUCAAGAACCGCCAUUAGUAUUGCUUCAGAACCUGCGAAAGGAGUAUCGACCAAAGGAGUCAGGAUCGUCCUGCUGCUCGAAGCGCGAGGAGGAGCGGAAGAUCGCCGUGCGAAAUCUCUCGUUGGCGGUGGAACCGGGCGAAGUACUGGGCCUGCUGGGCCACAACGGCGCCGGCAAGACUACGACGAUGAAGAUCAUCAUCGCCGAGGAGGUACCAACGAAGGGCAAGGUGCAAAUCAGCGGCCACAACAUCAACACCCACAUGUCGGAUGCUUUCCGGCAGAUGGGUUAUUGUCCCCAACACGAUGCUCAAUGGAAAAACAUCACCGUAAGAGAGCAUCUGGAAUGCUACGCCGCGAUUCGCGGGGUUCCAUGGAGUGAUGUCGAUAGAAUCGUGGAUCUAUAUUUGUCCGAGCUACAGAUUCAUGAACACGCUGACAAGCAGAGUCAAGAAUGUUCCGGCGGAACUAGAAGAAAACUUAGUUUCGCGAUGGCAAUGGUCGGAGGACCCAAGGUGAUUCUCAUGGACGAACCGAGUACGGGCAUGGACCCCAGGUCGAAGAGAUUCCUAUGGGACACGAUUCUCGCUAGUUUUCAGGGCGGCAGGGGAGUUAUAUUAACUACCCACUCCAUGGAGGAAGCCGACGCGCUGUGUUCAAGAGUCGGCAUAAUGGUGAAGGGUGAACUGAGAUGCAUCGGUUCGACUCAGCACUUAAAGAAUCUCUACGGUGCUGGCUACACCCUAGAAAUGAAGCUGCAGGGCGGCGACUGCACACCGACGACACCCUCCGGCGACAGGAUCGCCGGUUUAAAGGAAUUCGUCGCCGGCCUCUUCUCCGACGCCACUCUGGAAGAGAGCUUCGCUGAUCGGUUAGUUUUUGCCGUACCCCAACACGCGGUGACCUCGCUAGCUGAUUGCUUCACACAAUUGGAGAAAGCCAAACUCGAACUGGAUAUAGAAGAGUACAGCUUUAGUCAAACUACCCUGGAACAGGUGUUCCUCAAAUUCUCGCAUUAGGGCAUUUCCCUGGAAUGACGUUGUACCGUCGUUACGUGAUAAUCGGUGAUAGACUCGCGAUCAGUGUGCGCGGAAGAACUGUUAAUCUGCGGAAAAAAUGUACUCAAAAUAUAACAGAUGUUUUUAAUUGCUUGGUUUCCGGAGUUUGUGAAGCAAUUUCCAUUGUUUUCGCUAACAAAUUAGGUGACUGAGCCAAUGACAAUGUAAUGAAACGUAUCAUCUUGUUACAAGACGUCGCAGAUAACGGAACAGUGAAUAUAACAGUUAUAUCUAACGAUUCUAGUGUUGUAUUACAAAGGAAUAGCAAAGAGACACAUCAUCUUGUGCCUUCAAAUCCUUGGAGGGACAAUGAAGAAACGAUCAGGUAGAAUAAUGGGAAAAGAGGAGUUGAGUGGAUAAUCUUGUUAGCUUUAGUUGACGUGUUGCAUCAAGGUGACAAACCGUUCGUUGAGCUUGAUGAAGAAAUGAUUAAUCGAGAAGAGAUAUGAUGAACAACAAGGAACAAUUAUCGAAGAAUCGUAGCAUUUAAGAUGGCGAGACGAAGAAUCAUUUAAUUGUUCCAAAGUAUUGAGAAAGCAAUUAGGAAAUUAUAGAACAAUGAAGAAACAGUUGUGUUGUGUUAAAAAAAAGACUAAGUUAAAUUCUAGACUAUCAAAGCAAGAAUGAAGAAAACGUAAAGCGAUGGAGGGAUAGCCACCAACCAAUCGUCUCACCGUUGUACGUUCGACAGCAGUAUUAAGAUGAUAGAAAACUAGGGAUGAGAAAAUGGCGAGCAGAUAAAUAGCUAUCAAAGCCUAGAGGGCUUUGAGGGAGUGUUAAAGUAACUAGUCGCUUUGUAGCUCCAAACUGACGGAAUGAUGAAGGGACGAGGGAACUAUGAGAGAACCACAACACACAAAAGUUAGUCACUAGUCCUAGCCUGCAAUUUCGAAGGAGCAUUAAGUCCUAAAUUGUCUUGCAGCUUUACCAAAGAAGAAACGGAAUAGUAAGAUGAAACUUCAAAGAAACACUAAAAUUCUUUAAUUUCGAGAUUAAAGAAAAAAGAUAGAGAAUUUCACAUUCGCUAUUAACCUGGUAAAAAUCAUCUCGUUGCUGCAAAAUUAGCGAUCGAGAAACGAUGGAAAAAUAAUCCAUUAGUUCCAACAUGGAAUGCUAAGGAGCAUCGGGAUAAAUCAGUUUAGGUCGAAGAAAUGACUGGAGGACGAUGGAACGUGAAGUUAAUUCUUCAGAUGGUGCUUGAAGAAGAUGUUGAAGCGACAGAUCGCCUUCGGAUUACCGAAGGAAUGACGAUCAAUAGAAUUGUGAAACAGUUAGGAACAAAUAGGAAUCUAAUAAUAGUGUCUUUCCUUUAGGAGAACGUCAAGGUGACAGGGUGAACGAGGGAGAGACGUUGACGGUGGUGUUACUCGUGCUAGUGAGCGCAAUCGUCUUUCGGGAAAGAAGACUCUCUCUAUAAAGUUUUGUGUAUUUAUUCUAUAAAUAGUAUCGCGAAGGAAACGUAUUACGGAGAUAUAGUCGCGAUUUGAGCACGAGCUUCCUCUUAACGGUGGAGUAUCGUUGUUCCCAAAGCUGAGCUCUACGCUCGAUAUUUCCCACGAAGUUUUUAUCCGACGUCUCUAUCUCUCUCAUCGGCAUCGUUUCAUCCCGUAACGUCGCGUCCGAGAGGUGGAUCCUUCACUGUCCGGAGAUUGACGUCCGAGGGUGAAUGUCGGGUGUGAGCGCAGCGAUGCGCGAGGAAUGAACGUCCUCGGUGGCGUAGAGUCGAGAUUACGUACUGAUAGUUUACUUCGUAAUUGAAAACUUACCGAUAGAUCUCGUACCGAUAUUGCACUGGAAUUGGAGCGCACGUCCCGUUGUUUUCGGGGCAGGACGGCUCGUUCGCGGUAACUGCAGAUCGAUAGACCGGCUCGAGAAGAUGACAACUUGCGAGAUUUCAGUCCUCGGCUAGUCACAUUAUUACAUGCCAGCAAAUCGCACUAUAAAUCUUAUUUUAUUGUCCUAAUUAAGACUUUAAUCGACUGUUUUAUUGUAUUUCUUUACCUAUUGUAGUAUUAUUUUUUUUUUACCUGCAAUCUUGCGCGAUUGUUGACUGCAGAAAAUAGGUAAUUCAAAGAAAGUUUAAUGAAAAUUUAAGAACUCUUGAGGUAUAUUAAAAUUCAGCGAUUUCUUAGUAUUUUUUUUUUUUUUUUUUAUUUCUUUAUAUUUCUUCUAAUGGAAUUAAAUAAUUUAAUAUUUUAAUAAGAAUUAAGGCGUACACGGUCAAUACAUUUCUAUCAAGCAUUAAAAUAAAUUUUUAAUAAAUAUUUGUAUAUAAUACUAGAUUCUAUAGCAACAAUUUAUUUCAGAAAAAGAAAAAAAAAGGAUUAUUUUUCUAUUACUUGCAAGAAAUAUAGUAUAAUACUAAGAUAAUGAUUUUGAGAAUAAAGAUAAUAAGAACUAAUCAAAAUUUAAUCAAUUUUCUUGAUGAGUCCCUGAUUUAAAAAAAACUUGAUUUUACGAACUAAAUAUAACGAUUUCUUCUCGACUUUCUGUAUUCAUCUACUGUAAAGGAGCGCAGACAGUAUUAUCAUAAGUACUUUUUAAGAUGAAGUUACAAAUAGACACAUUUUUCGAGGUGCAAGAGAAAAGAUUUGGAAUAAUAUGGGAUUUUUCAAAUUGCCUACUUUUUGAGCCGAGCUAUAUCGAAGCUGCGCCGACGUGAGUCCUAUUGGGCUGGAUGCAUCGAAUUACGAGGAGUGUUCGAGAAGUAGCUUUCAUCGCGGAUAUAUAAUUACCGCAAAUGUACUACUUAAAUCUUUCGGUCAGGAAAUUUUAGCCGAACUUUCGAAUUUUUAGCACGACGCAACGACGUUGUGGAAUCUCGACAUUUAAUAUUUGUGUUUAUAUUAUAAUUCCCGGGAAAUCGAGGAAAAAUGCUUCCUGAAAGAGGUGAGGUGGGAAACGAGACGAGAAAGAUAUCAGAGUCGUCGCGGUUGCGAUUUAGAUAAAAAGAUUUUGAAUUAAGAGAAAUAUUGCGCGACUGGUCAAUUCUGUCGACUGAUGCUGCGACAUUCCGCGUAUACUGUGAUCGGCAGAUCGGGACGAUGUUUUUAUUCUCUUUUGAUAUGCGAAGAGAUUAACGUGCCUUGGGUUCAGUAUAUUAUAUAUAUUAUAUAACUCGAAGAAGCCGAGAAAUGUUAAAUUGUCGGCUGCAGGUCAUAUGCUGCUCGCGAGAGUGGAGUGCGAUUGUUCCUGGAGAGCGCUGCGAAGUGAUCUCCAUAGUGAUCUCUUCUGUCCUGUUACUUUUCUUCCGACACUCCCACAAGCGCGAUCGUUUUCCGAAACCCGCGAGAAGCGUCGUAUUAUUUCUCGAACACCUCUCGCAUUUUCUACACACGUAAUUAAGAAUACCCCCCAGGGAGGGCCGUAGUCGUAAAGAGAAGAAGAAAAAAAUACGCAAGAAUGACACGGCUUAUAGUCUCGAGCGCAACAACUAGAACGUUUUUCUUGUGUGAUAACAAUCGUACGGACACUCUUUACCGUUAAACAUCGAUUGAAUAAUACAGCGAACGAUUCCGAGAGAAAAAAAAAAACAAUCGCAGGUUGGAAGAUACUGUUAAUAUUGUAGGUUUAACUCUUUGCACACGGCAAUCCUGUUUUACACAUCAUUGUCCUUCCCAAUUGAAGGAAGAUCUUGUAAAAAGAAAUUUGAAAGAAAAAUAAAAUUAAGUUAAUAAAAAAUAAGUUACUUUCUUCUCUUCUGUAACUAAUUGAAUGUUUCGCGAAAAGAAUUCGUAUGAUAAUUAUAUAUAAUUUUAUUGUAUAUGUAUAAAUUUUAUCCAAUCUCGUGGUAUAUUUCGUCAAUUUGUAUUUAUCUUGUAUUUAUCAUUCGAGUGUAAAGAGUUAAGUCAGUUUUCUGUCGAGAAUAAUUUCGCAUAUUUUAGUCAACAUAAGGGAGGGAGAACUGAUCAACAUUAAGCAAUAUAUAAGAAAUUGAAGUAGAUACGAAUAUGUAAUUGAAGACGUGAAUGGUAAAGGGCGUCAAUUAAAACGCGAUCGAUCUUCCGAUCAGAUCGGAAAAGUAUCUUAGUCCCUUCCAUAAACAAAUUAUUUGUGAGAUGUACCCGAAUUGAUUUAUAUAUUGUUUACAAAUAUAUGUUGUACAGACAGUCCCAAGUUCACUGUUUUUUCCUUUAACGACAUUCAACAAGUAAUAUAAUCUCUUGAAAAAUUUUGGUUUAAUUUUUUUUCAAAUGAAAAUUUAAUAAAAACGCCAUUCUACCUUCUCAAUCUUUUCAUCUUCAAUCUUAUGCCUUGUGACAUCUUUACUGAUCAAGGAGAAAAGAUUGAAUUUUUCAAAUAGUGUCACAUAGUAACAAAGGAAAUCAGUUUAAAAGAACUGAUUUUAUACAUACUUAUAUUUACGUGUUUUUUAUAAAAAAAAAAGAGAGAAAAAAAGAUGCGCAGUGAAUUUGGAACAGCUUGUAUAUAAUGUUAUUAAUAAUUAAUAAUUGUCAGCAUAGAAUAACUUGGAAGGGAAGCAUUCCCGCAAAACGUGUAUAUAAACUUUCUUGGUCCUAUAAAGAAAAAGAGAAGUAAUAUGCUUUUUAUACAAAUAUCAUUCACCGUAAUUUUAGAAUUCCGCUUUUAUUGAUUUACGAGAAAUGAUCGGGGAUGAUAAAUAUUUCUUAUCAUCCAAUUUUUCAAAUAACAUAGUCGAACUGAAUAAACUUUAUCUAACAUCAAACUAUAAAAUGAUUGACUUGUUUCUCUCUCUGUCACAAGUUAGUAAAUUUAUAUGUGAUCAGAUACUUAUAGCAAAAUUUUUAAUAUUUUU